AUGGCCGUCGAACCGUUGCUCGCCACAAAGGCGCAGCGGGCAUUUAUAGGGACAGUAACAAUUCAGGCAAUCGUAGUGUUGGUGAUGGUUGGAAUUACCUUCAAUAAGGUUGAUGAGCAUGUUGAUUUACAUGAGGGGAAAUAUACGGUACAUGUCUCCCUCGUCACGACGUGGGACAAAAAUUCACGUUUUACGCAGACCUUACCAUGUUACUUGGCCCUUUUUGCAUUGGCAGAGCUCUUCGAACUUUUCAUGGCAUUUGAUGCCUUGCGCCUCCGCAAUAUCAUCCAGCUGAUAGGACUUUUAAUUUUUCAUCUCGCACUCGUGGUUUCUGCGGCCCUUCAGGUUCACCAAACAAAAUCAGCUCUCGUUACGCUUGGAGAUGAUUGUGGUUCAGAAGAAAGCUUCACUGACUGUGGCGGUUCUGGAACGCUAUGGGCCAAGAUUCAACCUUUCCUUAUUGUUGCACCUUGCGUCAUUGGGCUCUCCUGGUUCCUUAUGAUCUUCUUCGUUAGGAAGCUAUACGCAGAGUUUGGUUGGGCAAUUUUCCAUGUUGUAGGCGCCAACCCCAAGAUGAAGACAAUGUAUCAAUGGUACCAGAUCAUGAUCUGCCUCCUCAAGUUCGAUUUCUUCUUUUUCAGUGGUGUUACCAUGCAGCUUCUCAUCGUUGUACUUCAACGCAACUCGGCGGAAUAUGGUGUUACAAUCGCUGCGAUUCCCGUGGUCCUUAUCCUGUUAAUUCUUUGUGGCUUGGCGGUACAGCGCGAAGUGAAGUGGAUAAUGUCCAUCUCGUUGGUGAUGAUGUUGGCGGCUUCGAGCUACUUAUAUAAACUCGUUCGAUUUUAUGAACCUUCAUCCCAAGCCCAGUACCAAACGACACGAGCCACUCUUACUGUUUUCACGAUCGUUGCCUUCAUUUUACUUAUUGGGACAUUUGCUGUGGGCCUUCGAUGCUUCGCUGAUUUUGACCGAGGGCUGCAGGCUUCCAAAAUCAAUGCUGUCCCUAGUCGGCCAAAACUUGCCGGCGAAAAGGCCAGCUCGAAUCAAGCAUACCAAUCAGGGGCCCCACUAGGCCCUCGGAUAUCCAUUGAAUGA